CCACAGAUUUCCACAGACGUACCGCGUCACCAGUUGCAUAUCGGCACUACUCAUGCACCAGAAAGCAUAGUGCAUUCUCUUCCCGCUCACCUUCGUGCAGAUCGGGAGUCCAUAGCACUAGCUUCGCCCCCAUAUUCCUAUCCGCUGCCGCCGCAAUUCACAGGUCGACAUUCUCAUCAUCCCGCUGCGCCUAUCGGCCUCCGGGGGCACACCGGGGAACCGAUGAGAAAGAGGUCGGCACCGUGUACUCCAAUAUAGCGCUGUGGCCGCCCAUCUGCUGGAUAGGGGGACGUCUUCAACUAUCGCUCACCUGUUCCCAGAACUUCAUCCGACCUAUUCAUCAUGGCCGCACCCGCUCCUCGCAAGAUCAACAUCGCUAUCAUUGGUGGCGGCAUCGGCGGCCUCGCCCUCGUCCUCGCCAUUCAGCACUUCUGCGACCUGGACCAGCUCGAAGUCAAUGUCUACGAGUCCGCCGCCCAGAUCUCGCAGAUCGGCGCGGGCAUCAAUGUCUGGGAGAGGGUGUACGACAUCCUCACCGAGCUUGGUAUGGAGGCGGAGUUCGCGACUCACCUGCGCGAAGGGGAGACUUCAUUCACCUGCCGCAAGAGCGAUCAGCCAGAAGGCGUCACCUUUCGAGAGGUAUCUUUGGAUCAGUCAGGAAAGAUGCUGUUGAUGCAUCGCGCGGACGUCCAGGAUAUCUUCCUCAAGUAUAUCUCGCCGGACGUCAAGAUGCACCUCUCGCACCGCCUCGAGAGCUACUCGUAUAACGACGCCGCGGCCCAGCGCAUCGAGCUCAAGUUUCGCGGUGGCCAGAAGGCACAGUGCGACCUGCUCAUUGCUGCGGAUGGUGUCCAUUCCGCCGUUCGCCAGGUCUUUUUGCCUCGUUUGGCGAAGAAGCUUGACAAGCCGGAGCUCCUGGAGUCCCUCGAUCCCAUCUUCAGCGGCAGUCGCGUCUUCCGCGGCCUCGUACCUGCCGAAGAACUAUCCAACGUUUGGCCCAACCACCCCGCGCUGACCAAACCUCAUCAGUAUUGCGGACUGGACAAGCACAUCGUUACGUACCCAGUCUCCCGCGGUCGCUUCGUCAACGUCGUACCGUUCUACACCGACUACUCUCAGGAGGAUACGCCGUUCACGGGCUCGUACAUAGGAAGUGCGACCAAUGAAGAGCUCCUGCAGGAGUACGACGGUUGGGAACCGGAAGUAAUGACGUUGCUCAAAUGCAUUCCCACUCCAUCGCACUGGUCUGUACUCACCAUGAAGCCGUUUGACAUAUGGGCGGACGAGGGUGUCAUGCUCCUCGGAGAUGCUGCCCAUGCAAUGACGCCGCAUCUUGGCGCUGGCGCAGGACAAGCGAUCGAGGACGCUUACAUCCUCGCGCGAGUUCUCGGUCAUGUACAGAAGAAAGGCCCUCUGGAGAUGCUCUCCGACGAGACCAUGAAGCUCUACAAUCGUCUUCGCCCACCCAUCGCUAAUUUUGUGCAAGCUCGCGCAAAGCUACAGACUCGCUUCUACGAAUUCCGCGAGGAGGAUGUGGACCUAUCGCUUGUCCAGGCUGACUCCCCGAUCUACACAGAAUCCGAUCGCUUGGCCAAGCUGGGUGCAGGGAUCUGGGAUGGGUUCCAUUGGAGUCAGCACAGCAUCGUACGGAAGACGGAUGCAGAAGUGGCCAAUCUGCUGUCCUGAACAUGCCGCCCCGUCGAUAGAAGCAUCAGUAGAAUUGUGAAAAUGAACUGCAUCCUUUCGAACC